CGAACCCAACCGAUUUAUGGUGGUACUAGUGUCUAUUUUUUCCCACAUUCUUUCUUCUAGGGUUUCUGAGUUUCUCUGCUUCCGUUUUCAACUCGCUCCCCUCUCUUCUCACAAUCAACGUGAGUUCUGAGUUCUGACUUCUCCCUCCCCUUCUUCAUUUGCUCUACUAAACCCUAAUUACUACUGUUUAAAUUUGCUAUACUGCAUUUUAUGAGAGGAUUUAGGGUUUUUAGGGCAUAGACAGCGGGUUUAAGCUCAGAGACAGGCUAUAUUUCUGCAAUCGUGAUGGCUGAUGAUGACUAUGAUGACAUGGACAUGGGGUAUGAGGAUGAGCCACAAGAGCCUGAGAUUGAGGAAGGAGCAGAAGAGGAGCUGGAUAACAACAAAAAUGAUGACGCAACUGGAGACCCUCUUGAAACUGUGGAAAAGGAAGAGGAGCAACCAGUAGAGCGGCCUCGGAAGACAUCGAAAUAUAUGACCAAGUAUGAGCGUGCCAGGAUUUUGGGUACUCGCGCCCUACAAAUCAGUAUGAAUGCACCUGUCAUGGUAGAGUUGGAAGGGGAAACUGACCCACUUGAGAUUGCCAUGAAGGAGCUUCGAGAGCGGAAAAUACCCUUUACUAUCCGGCGCUACUUGCCUGAUGGAAGCUAUGAAGAUUGGGGAGUUGAUGAACUGAUUGUGGAAGACUCCUGGAAGAGGCAAGUGGGUGGCGAUUGAUGGUUGAACUGACACAGGUGUGGGGAGGAGUCAAUGGCACUAAGAUUUUGUCCUCAUAACUUUUAUCUUUGAUUUGUUUGAGGUUGAUACUGAUGAUCCCACCUUAAAAUUGGCUCACAGCUAUGUAUUAGUUUUUGGGUGUCUGUAUAUCUGUUGACUGUUUUUGGUGCUUUAGCUCAGUAUAAUUUCUGUUUAAGCUUGUUUAUAUAUAUCGGCUUUCAAUAGUGUUUGUUGCUGUUUGUCAAAUCAGUUAGAUGCUAAUGUAACUAUUAUCCAUUAACAUGAUACCAAAGAACAUGGUAGAUAGUCUUGUACUUUAAAAUUGAUGAAUACUCAAAAUCAAAAGCUUUUAA